GCCAGUAGCGGACACGAAUGCGACGUAGAAAGAUCUGUAGCUGUAGUUACAAAGAAAAAAGUUUCAUUUUUAAGUUAAGAUUUGAAUCGAUAGAAGUAUGAGUUUUUUAUUGACCGUGUUAAUAAUCUGCGCAAUAAUAGCUUUGUAUUUUUAUUGGCGGCAGAUUUAUAGUUAUUGGGAACGACGAGGUAUACCGUCGGCGCCGUAUGCUUUGCCGAUCGUCGGUCAUCUAUUACCACUGAUAUUAUUACGAAAGAAUGUUUCUCAACUUAUACGAGGUUGGUAUAAUCGGUACAGCGAAAGGAGUAUGGUUGGCUUUUACGAUGGUAUGGUGCCAGGAUUAUUGAUACGCGACCCAGAUCUAAUCAAAUCCAUUUUGCAAACUAAUUUCUCGAGUUUCCAUGAGAACGGUGUGAAAGUUGCAAAGGAUGUCGAUCCGUUGAUUGCCAAAAAUCCAUUUUUUUUGCAAGGCGAAGAAUGGAUGACCGCUAGGAAAAGAUUGACUUACGCUUUCACGGGUAUGCGAUUGAGAAUUUUAUCGGAAACUGUACGAGGUGUUUGCAAAAAGUUUCAUAAUUAUUUGAAUAGAAAGAUCGGUGAAGAUCAAAGAAUCGAAUUCGAAACGAAAGAUCUUUUUGGAAGAUUUACCGGUGAGGUGGUAGCAAAUGCGGGAUUUGGUAUUGAAGGAUUUUGUUUCGAUGAUAAUUACAAUCCAAGAUCGUUUCACGAGAUCGGCAAGAAGACUUUUAAAAUGACCAAGUUGCACGGUGCCAUGCAAUCCGUUUUGAUCUUUUUUCCGUUUCUAAAUAAAUUUGUUAAAAUGCCUUUUAUACCAAAUGAAAUCGAUGAGUUCUUCAGAACAAUCGUCAAACAAAUUAUCCAGAAGAGAAGGGAAGAAACCGAGAAGCGUAAUGAUUUCUUUCAAUUAAUGAUCGAUCUUGAAAGAAGCGAAGGACAAAAGUUCGACGAGGAUUCAUUGGCUUCGGAAAGUCUCUCAUUUUUCGUUGAUGGUUAUGAAAGUUCAGCAGGUACCAUAAGUUUUGUUUGUUUCGAACUAUCCAUUCAUUACGAUAUUCAAGAAAAGGUAAGAAAUGAGAUCAAUGAUGUAUUAGCUAAGCACGGAGGUGAAAUUACGUAUGAUUCGUUGAAAGAGAUGACUUAUUUGGAUCAAGUGAUCAGCGAAUCUCAAAGAUUGAACUCCUUGUUCGAUAUAACCAUUAAAAUGUGUACCGAUGCUAUUGAAUUGAAAGGUUACGAUGGUCUAACUUGUCAAGUGGAACCUGGUACAAAACUCAUUAUACCUAGUCGUUAUUUGCAAAGAGAUCCUAAAUAUUGGACUAAUCCUGAAGCCUUUGAUCCUGAUCGAUGGAGCGAUCAAAGGAAAGCUGAUAUUAAUAAAUAUUGUUUCUUGGCAUUCGGAGAAGGUCCAAGAAUUUGCGUUGGUCUUAGAAUGGCAUUGUUACAGACAAAAGCUGCUUUGGCAGCGCUCAUAUCAAAAUAUAGAAUAGAACGAAGCCCAAGGACCAGUUAUCCUGUCAAAUUAGGCCUUUUGGGUGUAAUAUCAACACCCAUUGAUGGCUUGUGGGUUUAUCUGAAACGCCUUUAAAUUUGUAUGAAAUACUUUACUGAAAUAUUUUAAAGUUAUUUUUAAACUUCCAUUAGAUAUAAUA